CACCUAUAAAAUCCCAAUCGUCUGCAUCGGGCGCUCGCUCUCAACGCAGCUCGGCGACAAAUCGAGGGAAGCAUCGCCAUAAUCCGAGAGAAAUAUCUACCCUUGCCUGCGCGUGGAAGGACUUGAUUGGAGCCGAUUGGAUGCGCUGAAGAAUCGGCAUUCCUGCACAUCGCGUCCGUCCCGAUCGUUCGCGUCGAUCUCUGUCUUUUCGCAGCCAGUUCUUUCCCUACAUGGAAUCCCCAUCGGUUGUGGACAUGAUAGAGGCCUCAUCAGGGGCCCACUUUUCCGGAUUUCACAUGGAUGGGUUGCAGACCAGACAUGCAGUGGAGCAUCCGUCGACCUCCAUGGCUGAGUCUGAAGACCUUCACAUGCAGCCAUUUGUAAUUGGAGUUGCUGGAGGAGCUGCAUCCGGAAAAACUACAGUUUGUGACAUGAUCAUUCAGCAGCUUCAUGAUCAACGUGUUGUUCUUGUUAACCAGGAUUCUUUCUAUCAUAACCUAAGUGAAGAGGAACUUACACGAGUCUUUGAGUACAACUUUGACCAUCCAGAUGCUUUUGACACUGAACAAUUGCUAUCUUCUAUGGACAAGUUGAGGCAUGGGCAAGCUGUAGAUAUCCCAAAUUAUGACUUCAAGAGUUACAAGAACAAUGUUUUUCCAGCAAGAAGGGUUAAUCCUUCUGAUGUUAUAAUUUUGGAAGGUAUACUAGUUUUUCAUGAUCCUCGUGUUCGGGAGUUGAUGAAUAUGAAGAUAUUUGUUGAUACAGAUGCUGAUGUGCGUCUAGCGAGGAGGAUAAGACGUGAUACUGUUGAGAAGGGAAGAGAUAUUGGUACAGUUCUUGAUCAGUACUCAAAAUUUGUAAAGCCAGCUUUUGAUGAUUUCAUUCUUCCAACAAAGAAGUAUGCCGAUAUUAUUAUACCCAGAGGAGGAGAUAACCAUGUAGCUAUUGAUCUGAUUGUACAACACAUAAGGACGAAGCUUGGUCAGCAUGACUUGUGUAAAAUAUACCCAAAUUUGUAUGUCAUCCAAACAACUUUUCAGAUACGGGGCAUGCAUACUCUAAUACGCGAUUCUCUAACGACAAAGCAUGACUUUGUAUUUUAUGCUGAUAGAUUGAUCCGUUUGGUGGUGGAACAUGGCUUGGGGCAUCUACCAUUUACAGAGAAACAGAUUAUCACUCCGACUGGUUCAGUAUACACUGGUGUAGACUUCUGUAAGAGAUUGUGUGGUGUCUCUGUUAUCAGGAGUGGUGAAAGUAUGGAGAAUGCUCUCCGAGCAUGUUGUAAAGGGAUCAAAAUAGGGAAGAUUCUCAUCCAUAGGGAAGGUGACAAUGGCCAGCAGCUAAUAUAUGAGAAAUUGCCAAAAGACAUUGCGGAGAGGCAUGUCCUGUUGUUGGAUCCAAUUCUCGGAACAGGCAAUUCCGCUGUUCAAGCUAUUUCUUUGCUUAUACGGAAGGGUGUUCCGGAGUCAAACAUCAUAUUUCUCAACCUUAUCUCUGCACCUCAGGGGGUGCAUAUGGUCUGCAAAACCUUCCCAAGAAUCAAGAUUGUCACAUCUGAGAUUGACAUUGGUUUGAAUGAAGAUUUCCGUGUCAUUCCCGGCAUGGGCGAAUUUGGAGAUCGAUAUUUUGGCACUGAUGAGGAUGACCAACAGGGGGUGGGCCCUGCACUAUAGUUCAGCUCAGACCGGCUGCUCGUGCAGUUCGGGUGGCGGCCCAUAUUCAUGUUAUCCCAUUUGAAUGGGAGAUAAGCUUAAUUUCUUGAUAGAUGAUCUAUUUGUAUUUUAACUUGUGAAACAAUUUUGUCUCCAUGGACUUCAUAAUUUCUUUUUAAUCCUUGA